GGAGGAGGGAGCGGCGGCAGCGGCGGCAGCGGCGGCGGCAUUGUGCGCGCACCAGCAGCCCGGCCCGGGAGGAGCAGGACGCGCCGGGGCCGCCUCCUCCCGCACGGACCCAUGAACCAGCCGGGCGGCGCGGCGGUUCCGCAGGCUGACGGAGCCAGUGCGGCUGGAAGGAAAAGCACGGCGAGCAGGGAGCGCUUGAAGCGCAGCCAGAAGAGCACCAAGGUGGAGGGGCCAGAGCCCGUGCCGGCCGAGGGCUCGCUGAGCGCCGAGCAGGGGACGAUGACGGAGGUGAAGGUGAAGACGGAGGUGCCCGACGACUACAUCCAGGAGGUGAUCUGGCAGGGCGAGGCCAAGGAGGAGAAGAAGGCCGUCAGCAAGGAUGGGACGGGCGACGUGCCUGCCGAGAUCUGCGUGGUGAUCGGCGGCGUCCGCAACCAGCAGACCCUCGGGUCCUACGAGUGUGGGAUCUGUGGCAAGAAGUACAAGUACUACAACUGUUUCCAGACCCACGUACGUGCACACCGAGACACUGAAGCCACCUCAGGGGAGGGAGCCUCCCAAGGCAAUAAUUUCAGGUACACGUGUGACAUCUGCGGGAAGAAGUACAAAUACUACAGCUGUUUCCAGGAGCACCGAGACCUGCACGCAGUGGAUGUGUUCAGUGUGGAAGGGGCCCCCGAGAACCGGGCAGAUCCCUUCGACCAAGGUGUCGUGGCCACUGAAGAGGUGAAGGAGGAACCCCCGGAACCAUUCCAGAAAAUCGGGCCAAUGAACAAUAUUACAUCAGAAAUUUUUAAGAAGAAAGAAGUUAGGCAGACCCAAAAGAGAGAAACCGGCAAUUACACCUGUGAAUUCUGCGGGAAGCAGUACAAGUACUACACGCCCUACCAGGAGCAUGUGGCCUUACACGCCCCCAUCAGUACCGCCCCCGGGUGGGAGCCACCGGACGAUCCAGACACGGGCUCUGAGUGCUCACAUCCGGAGGUCUCCCCGACUCCACGCUUCGUGGCCGCGAAGACCCAGACGAACCAGUCGGGGAAAAAAGCUUCGGCCUCCGUGGUCCGAUGCUCCACCCUCUUGCACCGCACCCCUCCAGCCACCCAAACCCAGACGUUCCGCACUCCGAAUUCGGGAUCUCCGGCGAGCAAGGCAACUGCAGCAGAAAGCGCUUUCAGUCGGAGAGUAGAAAGCAAAGCACAAAACCACUUUGAAGAGACGAAUAGCAGUUCCCAAAACUCCAGCGAAACUGCAAGUCCCCUGAUUUCCAAUACUUUCCCUCUCCUACAGAAACCCUACACAUGCGGCGCCUGCGGGAUCCAGUUCCAGUUCUACAACAACCUGCUGGAGCACAUGCAGUCCCACGCAGCGGACAACGAGAACAACAUCGCCUCCAACCAGUCCCGGUCGCCCCCCGCUGUCGUGGAGGAGAAGUGGAAACCCCAGGCCCAGAGGAACAGCGCCAACAACGCCACGACCACUGGUUUGACAUCCAACAGCAUGAUCCCCGAGAAGGAGCGGCAGAACAUCGCAGAGCGGCUGCUGCGGGUGAUGUGCGCCGACCUGGGCGCGCUGAGCGUGGUAAGCGGGAAGGAGUUCCUGAAAUUGGCCCAGACGCUGGUGGAUAGUGGUGCCCGAUACGGGGCCUUCUCGGUCACUGAGAUCCUGGGCAACUUCAACACGCUGGCGCUGAAGCACCUGCCGCGCAUGUACAACCAGGUGAAGGUGAAGGUGACGUGUGCCUUGGGCAGCAACGCCUGCCUGGGCAUCGGCGUCACCUGUCACUCCCAGAGUGUCGGCCCCGACUCCUGCUACAUCCUCACCGCCUACCAGGCCGAGGGCAACCACAUCAAGAGCUAUGUGCUGGGUGUGAAGGGAGCGGACAUCCGCGACAGCGGCGACCUGGUGCACCACUGGGUGCAGAACGUGCUGUCCGAGUUUGUGAUGUCGGAGAUCAGGACAGUGUACGUGACGGACUGCCGGGUGAGCGCGUCUGCCUUCUCCAAGGCCGGCAUGUGCCUGCGCUGCUCAGCCUGUGCCUUGAACUCGGUGGUGCAGAGCGUGCUGAGCAAGCGGACGCUGCAGGCCCGCAGCAUGCACGAGGUCAUCGAGCUGCUCAAUGUGUGCGAGGACCUGGCGGGCUCCACGGGCCUCGCCAAGGAGACCUUCGGGUCGCUGGAGGAGACCUCGCCACCGCCCUGCUGGAACUCGGUCACCGACUCGCUGCUGCUGGUGCACGAGCGCUACGAGCAGAUCUGUGAGUUCUACAGCAGGGCCAAGAAGAUGAACCUCAUCCAGAGCCUCAACAAGCACCUGCUCAGCAACCUGGCGGCCAUCCUGACACCGGUGAAGCAGGCGGUCAUCGAGCUGAGCAACGAGAGCCAGCCCACCCUGCAGCUGGUGCUGCCCACCUACGUCAGGCUGGAGAAGCUGUUCACGGCCAAGGCCAAUGACGCAGGCACCGUCAGCAAGCUCUGCCACCUCUUCCUGGAAGCCCUCAAGGAGAACUUCAAGGUGCACCCAGCGCAUAAGGUGGCCAUGAUCCUGGACCCACAGCAGAAGCUGCGGCCUGUCCCGCCCUAUCAGCAUGAGGAAAUCAUCGGCAAGGUGUGCGAGCUCAUCAACGAGGUUAAGGAGUCCUGGACCGAGGAGGCUGACUUUGAACCCGCCGCCAAGAAGCCCCGCUCCGCCACUGGUGAGAACCCCACAGCUCAGGAAGACGAUCGGCUGGGGAAGAACGAAGUGUACGAUUACCUGCAGGAGCCCCUCUUCCAGGCCACCCCUGAUCUCUUCCAGUACUGGUCGUGCGUCACCCAGAAGCACACGAAACUGGCCAAGCUGGCCUUCUGGCUCCUCGCCGUGCCGGCCGUGGGGGCCAGGAGCGGGUGUGUGAAUAUGUGUGAACAGGCCCUUCUGAUCAAACGGAGGCGACUGCUCAGUCCAGAAGAUAUGAACAAACUCAUGUUUCUGAAAUCCAACAUGCUUUAAGACGUUACUUCCGAACAAAAGAAGAGAAAAAGAGAAGAGAACGGUAGGGAAAAAAAAUACACAACACUGUCGCAAACAAAGACAAGGAAUUUAAGUUCUAAACACUGUGGACCUCAUUAUAAAUGCCCCCUGGAAACUUAAGUGCUUUUUUCAGUGUGUGUGUGCAUGUGUGUGCACACGCGUGCCCCUGUGCGGGCGUGUCCAAGCGCACGUACCGUGGGUGCCGGCGUGGGGCUCUUUGCUCAUCGGCAUGGCCACAGAAGCUUCACACAUGCGCGCGCACACACACUACCCUGGUGCAGGUGCACACGCCCGCUCAUGGGCGUGUGUGCAUUAAACUGGGCGUGUCAGGAAAGCUGAGUGUUUGGGAAAGAGGGAGAACGCUUCACCUCCCUUUCUCAGCGAGGGGCUUUUAAGACUCCGUUUUCAGGUGUGCAGAUUGGUAGAACGCUGAUGUUGCAACAUGUUCAGGCAGCUGAGAUCUGAAGUGACUUGACGCUCUCUGUCCCUCACCCUGUGGUUCCCCCCCCCUUUCCCUUCAGGCCCCGCCCCCGGCCCCUCCCACCCUAAUGUGCCCCGCCCCUCCCCAGCUGCCACUCUCCAGACUGCAUCAGAUGGACGGUUUCUGCACUGGACUUUGUUCUCAUUCACCUUCAGGGCAUUGAGCUGCUGCCUCAGGGGCACCUUGGGUGUCCCAGGGCGGCCGCCUUAGAAACACCUCUCUCUCCCCGCAGAGCAGGAAAGGAGACUUUAAGAAUAGAAAGCUGACUUUUGGCUUUUUAAUGUAAGAGGGGAAAAAAAGACAUAUUUCAGAGAAGUAUUAAUGCUGUCUCCACUCUUUAAUAUUUUCUCCUAACUUUUUAGCAGUUUUUACCUUUUUGUUUUGUUUCGUUUUGGUUUGUUUUGUUCCUUCAAAUUUAAUUUAGACUCUGCUAGGAGGCACUGAAUGUCUAUAACUUAUAUGUUGAAGAUUUUUUUUUUUAUUGCCCUUUUUGUUCCUCAAGUCGCACUGUAAACUAGCUCAUCUCAGUGGUAUAUUCUCUCUCCUAAGGUUUUUAUUAGCCUUCCCUGUACAGUCCAGUUUCCGUGUAUUUGAACGGCAAAGACCAUGAACUAGUCUGUGCUGUUUGGAGACCAGGAGUGGGGGCUGGGGCCACAGGCUCCGCAGGGGUGAGGUCCAGGGGAAGCCGCGGGGAAGCACGUGGCUUCGGAGUUCUGAGUGCGAGAGGAAGCACCGCCCUCCUGGCUCACUGCGUCUGGUACUGCGAAUGUCUGAUUUCUAUACCCAGAGUGCAUUACACUACUCGCCGCAUCACUGACACUUCCAGCUCUGCAGGGACUCCCGAGUCGAUCCCUGUUCACGUCUGUCACGCCUCAGACCCACGGCCUCCCCUCCCUCCCCAGGACCCCAGGUGGUUCCGACGGUUCCAUGACCCGCAGCCCUGGGGCCCCCACAUGAGCCCCAGCCCUCCCUCCAGGACAAUAGUUGAGCAUGGUGCCUUGCGGGCCAAAUGAUUGAUGUCUUGAGGGUGGAAUAGCAUCCGGCCACUUGAACUUGAUGCUGUGAAAGAGGUCCUUAGGCUUUUCUCUCCUUGAGCAAUUUGGUUUCCAUACACUCAGUCCAAAUGCUGAGGGUACGGCCUCUCCCCUUCCCCAGAGGUGGUUCCUUCGGGAUCAGUGAUCAACCCCCGGACCCCACCUCUCUGUGAAUAAAGUGCUGGUGGUCUCACGCCUGCCGGUGUCCGUGGCUGUGGCACAGAGAUGGUCACACGGCGGGCUUCAGGCUGAGGAAGACCACCACUGCGGGGGGGCUGUUCACAAAGGCACAUUCUACCAUCCCUUCCUAAUAAUAAGGCAUUACUCAACUGCGAGAUACCUCGACUACAAAAAGCACUGUACAACAGUCCUCUCCCCCCCGGCCCGCGGCCGGUGGGGAAGCGAAGUUGGUGAGAAAACACUGUCCCCGGGGGCCCAACCUGCUCACUCUGCCUCGUGAGAACCGACGCUCCGAGUCUGGGACAUGCUGCAGCGCAUUCAUUCGAGUGGGCCGUUCCCACGUUCUCUCCAGCACCCCGUGGUCUCAGCAGCCACCCUCCACUUCCUCUCCCGGAGAAGCUCCUCUCCUGGGGAGGAGACGUGUUUCCUCUACAACAUUUCCAGCUGGGGUCACGCCAUCAGAGGAGCCUCCAUUCCAACUGGACAGUCACCUAAUGUCACUGCCUACAGUGCAUCGGCAGACCUCGGCCAGGCCUGUGGGGGCCUUCCAGAAGGCGGCUGCAGGCUUGCUGGGGAGUGACAGAUGCCUACGGCUAACGGUUCCUCCAGCUUCGCUUUGCUGCUGGGGACAGGCCCAUGGCGAGGCACUGGAACCACACCGGGAGGUACCCCAGCCGCUCCCUUCGUGUGGUCGGUGGGACCAGCCUUGGAGCCCGUCCUCCCUCUGCUUGGAGCUAAGCUAAGCUGGUGCCGCCCCGCUUGAGGGCCAGGUAGUUAGAAAACAGGCAUUUCUUUUUCUCGUAAAGCCAUCAGAGACCGAGUCCAGAUGUGCAUUUAGAACCUUCUUUGGAACGUGGGAUGUCUGCCCUCCAGGGUGAAAAUUGGAGUAAGUCUCACUUGAAUUCCAGAUCUCUUAAGUCAUAGGUGUCAGCUCCUGUUCUGUUUUUCCACUCCACCUCAGUUUGGUCCUUAAGAUGGUUUUGGUGUCCGAGGACAGGCACGGUGCCACUGGGUCCUCUGACAGCCGUCUCCUGGGGCCGCCUCAGCCCAAUGCGGUAACAAGGUGGCAGGUAGCCAUUCGCCUCUCACACCCUCUGGUUCCCCAGAAACUCGCGUUGCCAACAGGAAAGACUGUGCCUCGCGGGCAGUUCCCGUAGCGCAGGUCCUGCCCAGCCGGCAGCUUAACCACCCAAAGAUCUCCCAGGCCCAGACACUGGCCCCCUGAUUUACAGCAAUAUCCACCUUGUUGCAAUUCUGUUUCAGCCAAAGGACUGAGGUAGACCCUUCCACUUCGUCUCCAGGCACUCAGCCUGGCAGGGCCCUACGGGAGGGUUUUGUCUUCUGCUUCCUACUUCGGGGACUGCUGUAGGACUGUCCGCCACAGGCCCGUGGCAGCUGAUGACCAGAAACCAUGUCUGUCA